UCACAUUAUCAAUACAGAAUAAGAAAAAACAUUGAACUUUAUAUUAAUUGCAAUAAAACAAAUAUAGCACAAUGUAUUAUCGUAGUUACAUAGAUAACCGUGUAGAAUAUGGAAACUCGUCAGAUAUGGUUCGACAUUUCCGUUGACUUGUCCAAUAAUUAGUGCAUCGCGUUCGAGUAUAAUGAUAUUAAUGGUGCAUCACUGUAUUAUCCUAACUAUAUUUGUCUUUCUUUUAUCCAUUACUAUUCUUCCAUCGUGAGUAUCACUGACGGGAUGUCUGCCGAUAUCAUAAUGCGAAUAUAAAUUAAUUGAAAAAAUAUAUACAGUGAUUAAGAGAAGAGAAAAAAAGACAAACAAGAAUAAAAUCUCGUUUUAUUAAAAAAUUGGUCGAAAACCGAUUAAUACAGUGCACAUCUCGCGAAUCAAUUUAAACUACAAAAAAUAUUUUUCUCAUUAACAAAUGUGUUGUGCGAAUCAUUGGUGUGUGAUGUCAAGAAUUUUUUAUUAAGAAAUAACGUUAAAUAAAAUAUUGGAAGACAUUCAACAAAGGAUAUAUAAUACUGUAAAAAUUGAAUUUAAUGAACCACUUCUAUUGGAUUUUUCAUAAUACUUAGAAAAUAUCAGUAAAUCAUCGACUAUCUAAAAAACUGUACAACUCAAAAAUAUCGAUGACGUGACUCUUUUAUUUUCAAUCAAAUUUAUCGCAAACAAAGAUUACUUUCUGCAUAGUGUGAAGAAGAAGAGACGGUAGAUACGAAUUUCAUUAAAUCAUUUAAAUUGUAUAAUAAUUAUUAUUAUACAAUAUAUUAAUAUAUAAUUUAAUGUUUUCCAAAGUAUAAGAAAAUAUAAAAGUAAAUAAUGCAAAGAUUUCCAUAAAAUUAUAAAAUCAGGCUAUUGCGAAAAGAGGCAAUCGGUCAAGCAACUGCAUCAGAAUGCGAAACUCCUUCUGAUCCCCCCUCAAUUGGGCAUUGUAAUCGUAAGCAGAGUAUGCCACGAAUGAAUUCGUUGCCAUUCCAGUGGAUCAUAGUGUGAGAGACAUAGUUGAAACUAGCCGGUCUCAGCGUGAUCAAUUCAAACAAAAUCGAAAUCGCAUCGCAUUUGUUUGUAUAUUAAAUAAUCAUCAAUUACCUGCACAAUGUGGUUUGGAGUUAUUACGACUUUCUUAUUUGUUUUUACUCUUAAUUGCUUCAUCAAUUAUUUAAACGCGGUAACGGUGGAUCUGUCCAAUCGUCGCUUGAAGAAAGAAGUGUUUUUCAUGAACAUUCAAUCAACGAUCAGAUUGCAAGAUGUCACCGAUCUUAUUCUUCGAAAUAAUGAAUUUGACAGUUUUCUUGAUUGUUCCACUAAUCUUGAGAACUUAAGAACACUAGAUUUGUCUCAAAAUCAUCUUCAACGAUUCUUUUUCCUUUGUAAAGAUGAAUAUAAUUUGCAAGUGUUAAACGUCAGUCACAACAGGCUCGAAUACAUCGACGACAACGCCUUGAACGACCGAAUUCCGAAGCUCAAAAUACUCGAUCUCUCAUGGAACAAAUUGUCAGUCGUUAACGAAACUAUGUUGGCACAUUUCAAAGUUUUAGAAUAUCUUUCGUUAGCGAACAAUCCAAUUAAUGAUGGGAUUCAUGAAAACGCUUUCUGGAAUUUAACAGCGUUACGAUAUUUGAAUUUAAGAAAUGUCUCGUCAUUUCAUUUUACAUGGGAUUUUUUCAAAACACUAAAUAACUUAUCCAGUUUAGAUUUAUCGGAAAAUCCUAUCUGUGUAAUCCCAUUACUACCAGUCAAUUUGGAAGAACUCGAUUUAUCCAACACUCAAAUAUCACGAUUGCAAGGUGUUUAUUUACCGAGAUUACGAGAAUUAAAAUUGAAUAAUAUGAAACAACUAAAAGAAUUAAUUCUUAAUGAUUUUGAAAACUUAACAAGUUUAGAAAUACUAUCUUUAGAUGGGUCGAAAAAAUUAAUGUUUUUAAAAAUGUUCCCAUAUAACGACCAUCUUUUACCGCGACUGCAACGCCUCUCGGUGGCUGAUUGUAGUUUGAAAACGUUGGAAUAUAACCUCAUGCCGAUAAUAAAGAGAACACCAAUUUUGAAUUUGGAGAAUAAUUUUUGGAACUGCGAUUGUAAAAUGCAGUGGCUUAAUAUGUUGAACACGACAAGUCGUGACAUUAAGUGCAUUACUCCUAUUCAACACGCCAACAAACAACUAAGCACGAUACCAAGUUACGAACUCGAAUGUGAGAACGAGUCAUCGAUAUUUCAUCCAGUAUUGUGGGCUUGUAUUUUUAUAUUGAUCGUUGCAAUUAUCUUAACGAUCGGCUUCUUCGUGUUGAGACGACCGCUCGGGCACUGGGGCAUUAGGAAGAAUCGAGACACUGUCACCUAUACGAAUGUCGACGAAUCCUCAAACGAUUUGGUGAGAAUUUUGGCGGUUGGUGAGACGGUCGAACGAAAUGAGGAGUGAACAAAUAUAAGAGAGGCGAAAUAUUAGAAAUGUAUUACGUUAGAACGAAGCGAUACAGUUUCACGAUGGAGAAACAAAUUGAUAUUUAAGAAUUAGAUUUAAUUUUAUAAUUAUCAAUCGAAAUAUUCCAUCGAAUUAUAAUUUCGUAAAAAUUAACGUACAGUGUGUUUCGAAAUUAGAAGCCAUAUCUCUUGUUUCGAGUCAAAUGAAUAUUGGUAUUAUUGCAAAGUAUCAAAUGUAUAAAUUAUUCUUUCAAGAAACGGAACGAUACAUUUUUUGAAAAAAAUUAAAAUAAUAAUACAUUCAUAAUCCACCAUAGAAGAAUUUCUUUCAGAAGUUAAUCUAAUCCACGAGAAGAUAUUAAUUGGGAGGCGUCAAAGUAUGAAAUCGCACGUGUCACUGACAUUUUGAACUUUCCAGAUAUCGAUAUCUCGCAAGAAAGUUCGCGAACCUUUAUCAAUUAACGCUCUCCCCCCAGUAAACUUGAUCGAUCGUUAAAACAAAUUUGCAUAUGUUUGAAAUAAAUUUUGAAAUAUCCUGUACGGUUAAUUUUCAAUACCUUUUUUUUUUUUAUACCGCGGUAUAACAAGCAAAAUGACGAGAAUUAACGAUGUCUUCAUAUAUAAAUAGAUUUAACGAGUAACAUUGUACAGCGGGUGAGCAUCAAUAGGCUUUGUGUCGAAUCGCCACGCGUCGAAAACGCGGAAAAACGAGGCGUAAAUAGAGGAGGCAACGUUACAACCCGAUUCUAGUGCAUCCCUUCGAACCUCGAAACAGCGUAGCAACCCUCUCGAGUGCUCGGGCAUCGCCUGGAGUGCGCGAACCAACACAAUGUGGGGGCCUGCCUCUUUUCUUUGAAUCGAAUAAAACGUCUUUUUGUCGGCAUGUA